ACGUACCUUGUUGCGGUCACUGACGGGUUCACGCCAGUUCACGGGGUUCACUUGAGGAGAGCUGCCACCCCCUCCUCGCCUCCUCCGCUCCUCAAAGCGCACCGAUCGGAGCUAAUCCGAUAUUAUUCAUUUAUAUAUUAAUGUCGGAUUCCAUUUUCCCCUCGUCGGCUGCCGAGGUUCCUUGGGAGCUGUUAAACGCAUCCAUGGGUCAAACGUCCUGAGGACACAGAAGGCAUGAAGCAACACUGUGAUGUCAUAGAGGCUUGUCCAUGACACUAAACUUCAUUCAACCCUCUCCACUAUCCACCUGCCCUCUGUUCUUAUCAUACCAAACAGCCAUUCACACUCUCAUUCACACAAGCCUGCACAAUGGCCAGCAAGAGGAAAUCUACUGUACCCUGCAUGAUACCAUCCAAAUCCAAGCAUGCACGUGAGGAAAUCAUACUGGGCUCCCUUCCAGAACUCCUACCAACAAUCCCAGAAGACAGUAUACUCAGCAUUUCAGGAGAAGAGUCUGCCCAUUUCUCCCACAGCUCCUCCAAAACAGAUGGUGGUAAUGAGAUACAGAAAGGAGGGACCUAUAGCUGUCCAACUUGCCAUUUUGAGUCCAGAGACCUGAACUACUUUUUGGAUCACAUGCACAACUGCCAUUUAGAUUUCAGGGCGCAGCCCACCUUCUACUGCCUGAACUGUGGGGUGUCAGUAGUUCGCUUUGAAGGUCUGGCUUUGCAUAACGCUAAUGUCCACCCUAGGAUAGUGGAGGGCUUGGUCACUGCCUCCCUAACUGUCAACAAGCGGGAUGGAGUGACAACUGUGGAGCAAAGUCUUUUCACGAACAAUGGAGAAGACUACAGAGAAUCGGCGAUCUCUCUCACCAAAACACCAAUUGCAAAGAUGAUGAAAGCUAAGGGGGAACACAAAAAGUUUGUGGUUUCUCACACUGUGGAGGUAAGGAAGAUAGACACUGGAAAGGAUGUAGACCCCAGCAUGCUGUCAAAUGUGCCUGAACUCCAAAACGGGAGUGUCAGUGUUUCUGGCGCCCCAGCUAUGCCAAGGACCUCUGUCAAUCAUGUGAUUACAACGACAGUGUCCAAUCAAGUGUUUCACCAGCAUACUCCCUCGCUUUACUCUCCCUCUUCCUCUGAUUCCAAUAAAGACCUUCCAAAAGUGAUGAUCCCUCUUAGCAGCAUCCCCACAUACGAUGCCGCCAUGGACACCAGCAGCUUUCUCAAGACAUCAUUUGGCAAGUUUCCCUACCCGACCAAAGCUGAACUCUGCUAUCUUACAGUGGUCUCAGAGUUCCCAGAGGAACAAAUUAAACUGUGGUUUACUGCCCAAAGGCUCAAGCAGGGCAUAAGCUGGUCCCCUGAAGAGAUAGAAGAAGCCAGGAGGAAGAUGUUCAAUACCGUGUUCCAAGGUGGAGCACCUCAGAAGCUACACGCUGCUUCACAACAUGGCAAUCAUAUUGUCACCCACCACACUGCCCAUCCAGGCUCAAAGGGACCAAACUACCAGAUGGCCAAAGUUCCCUUCAGCAAUUUGAAAAGCAAACCUGCUGGAACUAAUCCCCACGUGACAAGGGUUUCCUAUUCUACUCCAAUUGUCCCAGCAAAGUUUCCAGCCAUAGUCCAAACGACACAAGGUCUGACCAAGAAUACUCAACACACUGUGGAGCCAGACAAGACCAAUGGUCUCAGCCUGGACAUAGCUGGGAGCAGCGGCUGUGCCAGUAGCACCAGCAGCAGUCAAAGCAGUAGUAGCAGCAGUAGCUGCAGUAGUAGCAGCAGCAGCAGCUAUUCCACUUGUACUAAUGGUGGUGAUACUGUCACCUGGAAAAGCCCAACCAACAGUGCCAAUAGCAUUGCCACUUACUCCACCAACAUUAGCAAUAACAACGUGCACUGUGUUGCUGACAACAACGACAAACCAAAUGUCAAAAGCAACACGCUACCUAUUGGAUUGGAAGGUUCAAACAGUAUCAACAGCAAAGCAAUGAUCGAUAGCACCAGCAAUUCUAACGUCUCCUGUGACAAUGGCAUUAUCGGUCCUCAAGAGGAGUCCCAUGCCACAAAGAACGAUGACGAUCGCAACAGCUGUACUCACAAGACCAACAACAACAGCAGUAUUAACAGUGACUACCCCAGUACUACCUGUAAUGACAGCAUCUCUAACUUGAACCAUGCCAGCAAAUCCCCUACGGAAAGCACCAGCACAACUGUCAUUACUAAAAGCCGCCACAGCUCAUCCACUUUAGAGGAGGAUAAAAGCAACAAGGACCUUCCAGUAAAAGACAUGUCAAUCUUACAGGAACUCAUAAAGGAGGACCACUCCUUUGCGGAGGAUCGAAAUGGCCCGGAACUGAAAGUUGAUCCCAUCAAAAUCUACUUGAAGAGGGUGAAUGUGAAUGAAUCGGAAUCUAAAUCUGAGGUUGUACCACAGGAACUCAAAUCAGACAUAACAGAAGUGUCCACUUCUCAAUCAUCUUUCUUACCCACAUGGGGCAGCAAGACCCCCCAGCAACUACAUAUUCUCCGGCAGGUUUUUUCUAGUACCCGCUGGCCCAGCAGUCAGCAGUAUGAGGAGUUAAGUGUCCAGACAGGCCUUCCCAAGUCAGACGUGGUACGCUGGUUCAGUGACAGUCGUUACAGCCAUAAGAAUGGACAGCUGAAGUGGUUGGACACCUAUCAGCGACUGCCUGCAGAUUCUGAGGAAGCAAGGGGCAAUGGAGACGCUGGAGCCGAGUCCCUAAAAGAGCCUACGGUGGCCAAAAAGAAAAUCACUGAGCAAGACAUUAGCAAGCACCUUGAAGGAGAAGCAGGACUGAACUCCACGCAGCAGGUGGUAUGGCAGGAUUCAUACUCACUGCUGCAGGGUCCGAUGGGGGCAGAGGACGCCGUCAACCAAGAGGGAGCUGAAGCAUCAACUCAGCCAGCAGUCCUGCAGGAUCCCUGGUCAGAGAGAGCAGAGCAACACCAGCAGCCCAUGGCCAGUCAGUCACUCAUUAAGCAACAGACAGACACUGGUCAGGCCAGGGACCGCCGGAGGAUGGAGCUGCUGGAGGUGUGACGACAACCUGGAGGGUGGUGGCGUUUUUGAGGCCGACUUUCUUCGUGGCUACGGUCUGACGAGUGUUCAUGAUGACAGCAGAUGUGAUUGUAGCUGGACUGUUGGACUCUGACUGUAACUGUGAAUACCCCCCCCCCCCCCCCGCCCCCAUCUGCCAUCACUUCCUGCCAUCGUCAAAAGAAAGAACUUCUCACCUUUGAUUCCUGUGAUGUUUCAGCCUUUCAUGCUUCUUUGUGGUUGUGUGGGGAGGGUGCACAAUGAGGUCAGUACGAGGGAUCAAAGAAAAGAAAGAAGACGCACACUGACUGGAAAACUGACUUGAAUGAGCAAAGACGAGACGGGGUGAGAGAUACUGUUUUGAGACAGAGGGAGAAAUAUCUAUAUAUAUGAUUGAAACUGCACUAUCAAGGAGGGUUUGUACUGACGAGACAAACAAAAGAGGUGUCAUGGAAAUGUUAUUCUUGGCUUUGUGAAUUUUUUUUUUUACUUUUUUUAAGCAACCAGUACUUCAGCACUGCCUUGAAUUCAACUUUUUCUGUUUUUUUUUUUCUAAAUCUAUUUACUCUUCUAUAGUCACUGUAAGUCCAGAUGCAAUCAGACAUGUUUUUCUUUGGAUCUGUGUAAAUGUUGGUGAUCACUUUGCAGUUCAGCUACACACAGAGACUAUACACACACACACACACAAUGCACUAAUGCAGACAGCGAUGCUAAAGCCACACUGCCGUACAGUUAUUGACAGCGCUGUCCAGAUCAAUGCACUGCUGCAAACAAAGACAGGCUUGUCACGCUAACGUUGCCUUACUCAGCUCUGUCCAUGUGUUUAUAGCUGUCCAUCACCUCGCUUUCCAGCUACUGUGCUGUCCUUAAAAAAACAAACAAAAAAAUUAAAGUGCAUCAGUGUUGGUCCAUAACUGUGGGGAAAAAAAUAAAUCUUGUGUUACUUUCUGUACACUUGGAAAUGUUUAAGCUGUAGUUGUAUCAAAUAUUGUUACCGUUUUCAAGCAAAAUUAUCAAUUUGAUCCCUAGACACUGACAGAGUGAGAUAUUGUGCUAGCUAGAGAGCCAAAUGAGGAGACCUGUGCUCUCCUCUGAAUAUCCUUGUGUUUAUGAGUCACUACAUGAAUCCUAUGAAGCUGCAUCUUCCCGGAGCUGCUGCUAGAACAAAGCUGUCUCUUUCUGACGACGACAUUGCGUCUUUCCGGAGCCGCUCCGACGACGAUGCUGCGUCUUUCCAGAGCUGCUCCGACGACGAUGCUCUGUCUUUACAAGGCCGCUCCAACAAUGAAGCUGCAUCUAUGCGAAGCUGCUCUGAAAACAAAGCUGCAUCUUUGUGGAACUGCUAUGAGAACGGUGCUAAACCAUCCAAAGUCAAACUGGAGCUCAAGCUCCUACCAGCAGUGUAUGCACUUGUGUCGAUUGUUACAAAUUUAUUUUGGUUUGAGAUUAAAAAAAAAAAAAAUCUGGACGUACGGUGUUAUGAUCACUUUAAAAAAAACUUUUAUGAAAUAUCUGAUCAAGCACUGUUGUAUCAUUCUUUCUACACUUCGGAAUCUUUACAGAAUAAACAGAAUACUCACCAAGUA